AGCCAUUUGAAGCUGCGAGGGCCCUCAAGGGGCCACAGGCUAAUGUGGGCCAUGUUGCCUGGCAGAGGCCCAAAGAAGGUCUUUUGGCUUGCUUUCACAUGGCUGCCGUGCUGUGCGCACGUGGUUGUAUGGAAUCUGACGUCUGCGGCAGUGCUGCCGCGAAGAAAUCAAGAUGUGCAGUUUUAUUGUGGCGCGGCCUGCGAGACUCUCCUCGAACUGAAGCUUGCCCGCGACUGUGCCAGCCCAGGCGGUGCUGCCACGCAUUUGCGGCUUGGCCAGGAGGCGGGUGUCCGAUGGGCUCGCUUAGACGCAAGCAGUCUCACGGCAGGCAUGCAGUAUAGUGUGUGCCUGAGCCGGGUUGACACUGCAGCUUUCGAGGACACUGGAGAGACAGUCUUCGUAUCUCCAAUCCAGGAGGUUCAGCCGCUCAUGGUGCAGCCUUCCUCUUCGCAGGAGUUCUCGAUCACUUGUGUGCCUGGCUGCACCUCCUCAACAGAACUUUUCUUGGCGCUGGAUUGUGCUGACCGAACUGGUGCACCUCGUGCAGCAUUGACAGGCUUUCGCCGCUUUUGGUCGGUGACGAUGGAUUUAAGCUCACUGUCCUUUGGCCUCUACAAAAUCUGUGCAGACAUUGAUGGCGCAGGAGCGUCUGUCCUGUUGGCCGGGGACACGGGUCUCAGUCUGAGAACUGCUGGUCCCACUUCAGUGCAAGUGGUUUCCAUCGUGGGUGCUCCGUCUCAGCGUUUGCCUUUGUCUUGCAGUGGCUGUAGCCGCUCCACGGCUCUCUACCUACUUGACACCGGCUCUGCGUGCAGCAGCGAAAACACCGGAUUACAUCUAGGAACUGCACCCACCUCAACAUCUUCAGUGUUGCUCACAGGAGCUGGCUCUCAAUGGGAUGCCAUCAUUGAUGCCACAUCAAUGACAACUGGAAAGGAUUACAAACUCUGUGUGGACUUAGACGGUUUGAGCAGGGAGUUGGCCUUCGUGGAUACUGGGCUGACCGUUCAAAUCACCUCCAUUACGGGAGUUGUGAGCGCCACCUUCCAUGUGGGUGGGGCUACGGACUUGGAACUUACCACAGAUCUCUCUGAUGGAUCGCUACCGAAUGCAUAUGCCUAUGUGGGAGCAGAAUGCAGCACAGCAUUCAGCUCGAGCGCGGGUGAACGAAAUACGGUGGAGCAGACAGUGCUUGGUGUUGUCAACGGUGUGAUAAGCUUUCCACUGGUUGUCACCGGGCUUGUGCAGGGGAAGUUUUAUAGAGCGUGCAUUGAUGAAGAUGGGCCAAAUGCUCAAGGCUUUGUCGAUGUGGGUGUCCCCAUCUAUGUCACUGGGGUCACUGCUGUGACUCCUUCGGGAGUUGCUCGGGCCACAAAUCAGCAGCUUGAAGUUAUAUGUGAUCCGUGCUCCACGAGUACGAUGCUUUAUUUGACCUCCACAUCGUGCAGCGCUUUGAUUACCAACGGAGAUCCAGAAGUCCUCUCUGGAGAGGACAUCGAACGCCAAACGAUUGCGACUGCAAUCGCUGCAGGAACGGCAGUCAACUUGUGGACUUGGGCGGUAGAUGCGACAAGUCUGGCUCCAGGACGCCAGUUCCAUGUGUGCGCUGAUGUAGACGGCGCUGGGCCAUAUCCGUUUGGUGACACAGCUCUUCGGAUCUACACCUCCCCUUUCAGUGAGGUUGUCACCAAAGGCAUCAACGUUGCGGAGCUUCAGACAGUUUAUGUGCGAUGUGCGACAGGCUGCAGUGAAACUGCUCGUGCUUACCUUGCGUUGCGAUCGAAUACGCCUUCGAACCUCUUUGUCAAGGAAUGCGACAGCUCUGUGACGGAGGGCUACAUGGCCUCCUAUGGGAACGAGAACACGGGCUCAGUAUCUUUGGUGCACAAGAGCGGAGACUUGUGGGCCAUCGAGAACAUCGAUGCAACUUCACUCAUUGCGGGCAGAUACUAUGGUAUUUGUGUUGACAUGGACGGUGCAGUGUCUACCCUUGGCUUUGGGGACACAGGCUUCAUGAUCUAUGUGAGUGGGUUAGAAGGGAUUUCACCCUCUGCUAUACGUCAAGAGUUUGCUCAAGAGAUCCAGCUCACCUGCCCGUAUUGCAAUCCUGGCAAUGACAUCACUCAAGGUUACAUCUCCUUAGAGUGUGACAUAACGCUUUACUUUGGCUUCGAUCUGCCAGCGACUGCGGGUGUGAAUUCGCCCACCAAUCGCUUGCCAGGCCCUGGUGGGGUGACCAGCGCUGAUGCCACAAAGCUCUACAUCGAUGCGAGAGAGUUAGAUCUGGGCGGAGUGUAUCAUCUCUGUAUGGACUUGGAUGGCUCCAAUGCCAAGAUGGGGAUGGGAGACACUUCCUUUUUCGUUUAUGUCACCACCAUGACUGCUAUCAAUCCUUGGGGAAUACUGCCAGCUCAAAAUCAGACUGUGGUGAUGACCUGCCCAACUGGUUGCUCUGAUGCAUCGGCGGCCUACGUGGGAAGCUACUGCGACGAGACAGUCAGCAAUGGAGAGAUGAAAGCUGUCACAGGCGAAAGGACAGCUCAUGGCAGUUUCACUAAGCCCAGAAUGACGCCUGGAAAGCACUACUCAUUGUGUACUGAUUUGGAUGGCAGCAACACUCACUUGCCCUGGGGCAACGCCGACUUGCCAAUUUACAUCUCUCCUGUAAACAAGACUUGGUACAACGGCUUCUAUUCAAGUGCAACUGCAGAGUUGCGCUUAAAUUGUGAGCGCUGCUCCAUCGAAAGCCGUGUGUAUAUCAUAGACGAGCAGUAUUUCUGUGACCACUUGGACUUUGGCGGACAGAAGACUGGGAGUGCAGACCAGUCCAGCUCUGUUGCAACCACUCCACUGGGGGGAACGGCAGGAGUGGUGCUGGCCUUCCUCGACAGCACGGCCUUGACUCCCGGAUUGAGGUUUCGGAUUUGUAUGGACCUCGAUGGAGUUGCGACUGACUACUCCUUCGGGGAUACCGGCUUGCAGGUCUACAUGGCUUCUGUAACAGCUUCAGGAGGUACUAUCUCAGCUGCGGCAGGGCAGGUACUAACGAUAACCUGCAGUGGCUGUUCUACAGACACGAUGGCCUACCUUGCUAUCAAUUGUGACGGCACCAUCGCUGAUGGCAGUAUUGCCGCCACAUUCAUGAACACAGCUGCGGUCAACCUUGCUGGGGCUUCGCCCGAAUGGACCGCGACCAUCGACGCAUCCCAUCUACAAGCUGGCCGACACUACACGCUGUGCACCGACUUGGAUGGCAGCACUGGAACGAAGCCCAUGGGUGCAAACGACCUCUUUUGGUACGUCACAGGUCCAGGUGUAACUCAGGCGUUGCACGAAUGA